AUGCGGAUGUGCAUAAUAAAGCUCUGUGGAGUGGCGCGUGGUCGUCUCCUGUGUGUUGACUCCUCUCAGGUUCUGUGGGCCUUCUUCACGCUGCAUGGAGCUGUGAACCGACUCAGGAUAUUAGGAACGGUUCAGGCCAGCCCACCCACCUCUCCAUCAGUGUCUCAAGGAUCAACGCCUGAUGACAGUGACUCUGAUCUGGCUUUCAGUGUCAACAGAUCAUCUUCAGCAUCUGAGUCCUCUCUUGUGACGGCUCCCAGCUCUCCUCUCAGUCCUCCAGUGUCCCCUUGUCUGUCCUCAUCAGACGCUCCUUUGAGCAGCAAGAGCAGCGAGUGCACUGUGUGCUUCGAUCAGGAGGUAGACACGGUCAUCUAUACCUGUGGACACAUGUGUUUGUGUAAUGACUGCGGACAGAGGCUCAAGAGGCAGAUCAAUGCGUGCUGUCCGAUCUGUCGGAGACCCAUCAAGGACGUUAUAAAAACCUACAGACCGUGAAGAGACUACAACAGCUUCUAUCAAAGGUUUCAUUGCAGAACUCAGAGCUGUGGUAUCUAGACUGAACUGUAUGUAGCUUUUAUUCAGUAGCAUUAAGUUCUUGUCAAUAUUUCUCUCGCCUCAUAUUUUAAUCGCAGGUCAUCUGAAGCCAAAUGUAACUGAUGAUUAAUGGGUUAGUUCACCCAAAAAUAGAAAUUCUGUUAUUAAUUACUCACCUUAUGUUGUUUCAGUCCCCUGAGAACUUGGUUUUUUUUGGAAUACAUUAAGAUAUUCUAGAUAAAAUCUGAGAGCUCUCUCAUUCUCCAUACAAGUCCAGAAAAUGAACCAAAAAUAUUGUCAAAACAUUCCAUGUUACUUUGGUAGUUUAACUGUAAUCAUAUAAAGCUCCAAAAACACUUUUGCAUGUGAAAAAACUAUAAAAAUUACUUUGUUCGCCUGUGUUUUCUCUUCCACGUCAGGUCAGGGUGCAUAUUUAUACUACCUGACAAAAGUCUUGUCAACGAUCCCAGUUGUAAAAAAUUGGUAAGAGCAAAUAAUAACUUGACUUCUAGUUGAUCAUUUGGAAAAGUGGCAGAAGGUAGAAUUUUUGUUGAACUGCACACCAAUCAUCACAAAUAAUGCAGAAAACCUAUUGAAACGAACGGACACAAGAUUAUCAUAGAAAUCAGUCAAGUUUGGUAAGGGAAAAACCAUGGUUUGGGUUACAUUCAGUAUGGGUGUGGGGGAGUUCUGCAGAGUGGAUGGCAACAUCAACAGCCUGAGGUACCAAGAUAUUUGUGCAGCCCAUUACUGUACAUUACAAACCACAGGAAAGGGCAAAUUCUUCAGCGGGAUUGCACUCCUUCUCAUACUUCAGCCUCCACAUCAAAGUUCCUGAAAGCAAAGAAUGUCAAGGUGCUCCAGGAUUGGCCAGUCCAGUCACAAGACAUAAACAUUAUUAGGCAUGUCUGUGGUAAGAUGAAGAAGGAGGCAUUGAAGAUGAACCCAAAGAAUCUUGAUUAACUCUGGGAGUCCUGCAAGAAUACUUUCUUUGCCAUUCCAGAUUAGUAAGUUAAUUGAGUCAUUGCAGAGAUGUAUGGAUGCAGUCCUCCCAGAUCAUGGGAGUCAUACAUAAUAUUAAUUUUUUUCCACUUACUGUCCUAUUUAAAUAAUUAAAAAUCAAGGCAUGAUCAUAUUUUAUUUUGGUAAAAUAAGGGUAAUUUAGAGGCCUUUGCCUUUCAUAUAAGACACUUCUGAUACCAAAUGAUCAAUUUAAAGUGAAGUUAUUACUUGUUGUUUCUAAAACUUAGGCGAGAAGACUUGUCAGGUAGUGUACUAUGGGCAAUACAAGUUAUUGGUGAUAAGGUCAGCAGUACAACACACACAAAACAAUAGUUUUGCACCGUAGAAAACGUACACCUGAAAUGGAAGACAUUGUCAAACAAAGUCAUUUUUUUCCUUUGCUGGACUUUGAACCUCUCUGGGCCAUUACUGUUUAUGGAGGGUGAGAGAGCUCCAGGAUUUCAUCUAAAGUAUCUUAAUUUGUGUUCCAAAGAUGAACAAAAUCUCAGGGGUUUUGAAAUAACAUCAGGGUGAGUAAUUAAAGGCAAUUUUUUUUCUUUUGGGUGAACUAACCACUUAAUGGAUUAUGAGGUUAUUCUCAAUUUAGUGCCUUUAACUUUGUUGUUAUUCCUAAAGCAGGACCUAUUGAAUUCGACAAUCAUAUCUGAGAUGUAUGGAAUAAUUGUGAGGGACCUCGAGGUAAAAUUGCGCAAAUGAU